AUGAGCACCGCAAAGCGGUCAAAGAGGCGGCAGGCGGAGUCGCACCAAGCUUCUGCUUCUCCGCUGCCCGCUUCCAAACGCCUCAAGUCCACUCACGUGCCGGCCCAGUCGGGCCUUGGAUUCCUCGUCGACGAAGACGCCAGAGCCGGGAAGAAGAUCGAGGCCAAACUCACUAAUGGCACUCCACGAUCAAAGUCCACACGGGUGGACGAGUCGAAUGCGGCAGUGGCAACGAGUAUCGAUGAGGACAAUGGAAGUCAUAAGAAGCAGAAGAUAGUGCCCGAAGUCAUCGACAUUACCAGCGGAGAGGAAGAGUCGAGCGAGCUGGAGGAGGAGGAUGAUGAUGAUGAGGAGGAGGAGGAUGCUGCGGCACAAGAACCCAUGCCUACUGCGAACGGUCAUGUGGAAGAAGAGGAUGAUGCAGCAGUGGACGAUGCCGACAUGGAGGACGCAGACGGAGGAGACCAGCAGGACGAGCCUACCUUUGGAGAUCUGUUACAGGCGCGCCACCCUGACCCCAUUGACGUUGGAAAGGCACUGCAAGAUGCUGCCGACCAAGAUUCCCGCGGCCUUGUACCCAUGUCAGGGGCCUCAGCUGGACAUUCACUUGGUACCGUCCUUACACAAGCCCUGAAGACCAACGACAAGGAUUUGCUCGAAAGCUGUUUUGCCGAGACCGACCCAAGCACGAUAAGACGCACGAUCGCCCGACAAAAGUCGCACGAAAUCGCCAUCCUGCUCGAGAGAAUAGCAGAGAAGAUACAUCGCAAGCCUGGCAGGACUGGAAACCUUUUGGUCUGGGUGCAGUGGUCGCUCGUCGCUCACGGUGGCUAUCUCGCCAACCAGCCAGAAUUGAUGACCAAGGUCAAGGCGUUGGCUCAAGUCGUACGGCAGCGAGCGGCAGGCCUACAGCCUUUACUACACCUCAAAGGCAAGCUCGAUCUACUCCAUGCACAGCUAGACUUCCGUCGCGACAUGCAGGCGGACUCGCGGGUUGCGAACGCUGAGGAUCUGGAUGAUCCGAAUGGCGUCUUGUACAUUGAAGGAGAGGACCACGAUUCAUCAGACAGCGAUGAUGCGGCGGAUGAAGGUGACGAAAUUGAUCAACCUCGGAAGCAAAAGGCGAAGCAGGGUGGCAGGCUUGAUAUCGAUCAGGGUCAAGAUGAGGAGAUGGACAUUCUUCCCAACGGACUCGGCGGUGAUGCGGAGAAUGAUAGUUCUGACGAUGAAGACGACGCCGACCUUGAUGGCAUGCUCGAUAUCGAAGCCGAAGAAGGUUCUGACAACGACGAAGAAGAGAGCUCAAAUGAAGAAGCUGAGAGCGAAGAGGAAGAAGACGAGGAGGAGGACGAGUCGGACGGUGAUGAGAGUGACACCAUUACCGUGAAGCAACCGAAACCGAAUACCCUCAACCGAAAGCGAUAG